CCACUGAGAGGAACGAAAGUUAUUUGAUUUAUUAGGAAAAUAAAGAAUCCGAUAAAGGGUUCUUGUUAUUUUUCCUUGAAUUUGAUAAAAAAAAAAGGAUUACAUUUCGACAAAUGAAUGUGGUUGGCAGAGUAGGGAGUUUAAUUUCACAAGGUGUAUAUUCUGUUGCUACCCCUUUCCAUCCCUUUGGCGGGGCUAUUGAUGUGAUCGUUGUUCAACAGAAAGAUGGCACAUUCCGAAGCACGCCGUGGUAUGUUCGGUUCGGCAAAUUUCAGGGUGUUUUGAAAGGGGCUGAGAAGGUUGUUGGUAUAACUGUUAAUGGUGUUGAAGCCGAUUUUCAUAUGUGUCUUGACAACUCCGGUGAAGCGUAUUUCGUGAGGGAGGUCGAUGCCGGUUAUGGAUUUUAUACGAAUGGAGGGAUGAAUGAUUCUGGUUGUCAAGUGACACAGGAUGAUGGUGAUAAGCACAGUGCUCAAGUUUGUAGACUUGAACAUAGUGUCUCAGAGUCCAGGGUGGCUGUGUUGAGGGACGAAUUAGAAGCCAUUAGUCCGAAACGUUUUGAAAGGACGGAAUCCGAUACUAGGUUCUAUGAAUUUCAAGAUGAGCAGUCCACUCUAGAGGAUUCGGUGGCGCCCGGUCAGUGCAAGGAUUUGGAGGGUAAUUGUCAUGGUGAAGCACAAGAUGUAGAUUCAGAAGUUUUGUUGUUCAGUGUGGAUGGUCAUGUACUUGCGGCUCCUUCCUCAGAAUCAGAACAAAAUGCUGAAGAUAUGCAAUUAAGCACACCCAGGUUCCACAUAGGACCAGAUGAAGGACCUGAGUGUUUCGACGGUAAUGAGGAGAUCAUUUCAGGUUACAAUGUGUGUGCUACUGAUUGUACUAAUAAGCUCAGUUCAGUAGUGGAUAAGGGUUCCUCUCAUGACAUUUGCGGUGCUGCGGAUAGCGAUUCAACUGCUUUGAGACGCCGUUCAGAAUUUAGUCAAGAUGGCUGUCGAUCUGAAGAAACUUCAGACUAUCCUAACAGUCAAAGUGAAUUUAACAGGCCAAGUGAUGUUGGAGAUGAAUCAUUAAUUAUAAAAAGGGGGGAGGUUUAUAAGAGCUGCCUCGAACUAUCUGAAUUGAGCAGACACAGUGAAAACAGUGAUCCUGGAGAUACGGACAGGCCGUUGAAAGAUUACAUUUCUCAAGAUAAACUUUCUUGCAUCCUUUCAGACUUUGAUGAAAACAAACAUGGAGCUGUUGAUGGCUCCAAAAUUGAAGAUGUGUCGUCUUCCUCCAAUGAUAAUGGACCAAUUGGUAAUGAGUCUCAAAGGAGCGUUGAACGGUUUGGCGCAUCAGUGUCAACUGAAGGGAUAAAUAGCAGUCGACAAAGUCUUGAACCUGAGAACAAUAAUAGAAAAAGUGAGAAUGUCAAAACUGAACAUACUUCUGGUAAAGAGACAGGGGAUUAUUCUAAUCCGGGUAUGGGAUUAGAGGUUGUUGUUCCAGCAGUCCUUGAAGCACACCACAUACCAAAUAAGGAAAACAAAAGUAAUGCAAGUUCAGUUAUUAUGAAUGCAUCUGGUUCACAGUCGAUCGUUGAGCCCCAAAAUAGAGUCCCUGUUGAACGGGUUGAGCCAUCAAACCCGAAGGGUGAUGGUUCUACAGUCACUUCUACAGCUUCUACCCGCAGAUGGAAGCUGUGGCCUAUUCCCUUCAUGAAAGGCAAAAAUGUUGAGAACACUGAUGUCAAUUCAUCAAAUGGGCAGGCAUUUGUUGAUACUAAACCUGAUCUACAAAAUUCACAAGCAGGUUCAACUCUUGAUUCUUCCCGCAAGCAAUUUAUUAGAACAAAUGUUCCCACUACUGAGCAGAUAGCUUCCUUGAAUCUAAAAGAUGGUCAAAAUAUGGUUAUUUUCAAUUUCUCCACCAGGGUUUUCGGAAAUCAACAGGUUGAUGCUCAUCUUUACCUGUGGAAGUGGAACGAUAAGAUUGUAAUCUCAGAUGUCGACGGAACUAUUACCAAGUCUGACGUUUUAGGCCAGUUUAUGCCACUAGUUGGAAGGGAUUGGACACAAUCUGGUGUAGCUAAACUUUUCUCUGCUAUUAAGGAGAAUGGAUAUCAGCUGCUAUUUCUUAGUGCACGUGCAAUUGUUCAAGCAUAUAUAACCAGAAACUUUUUACUCAACCUGAAACAGGACGGGAAAGCUUUACCGAGUGGGCCUGUUGUUAUUUCCCCUGAUGGUUUGUUUCCUUCGUUGUACCGUGAAGUGAUACGAAGAGCGCCUCACGAAUUCAAAAUAGCUUGUUUGGAGGAUAUCAAGAAACUUUUCCCUUCCGAUCAUAAUCCCUUUUAUGCUGGCUUUGGAAACAGAGACACAGAUGAACUCAGUUAUCUAAAAAUAGGGAUCCCAAAGGGCAAGAUCUUUAUAAUUAACCCUAAGGGUGAGGUGGCUAUUAGUCAUUGUGUCAACAAUGCAAGGUCUUACACAUCAUUGCAUACUCUUGUCGACGACAUGUUUCCACCGGCCUCGUUGGUUGAGCAAGAAGAUUAUAACCAAUGGAAUUUUUGGAAAGUGCCAUUACCGGAUAUUUAGAGAGAUAGUUGGUGGCUUAAAGGGAUAUACUUUUACUUCUACCAAU